AAAAUCUCCCGGCAUGCCGUGCAGCUGGACGAGAAGAAGCACCGUGAUGGAGUCCGCGGGAGGCUGAGCGAGAGGCUGAGGGCCCAGCGAGCUCCGAUCCGAGCUGAAUGCAGUUAGAAGCCCGCACUUCUGCGGAGAGCAACUUUACGAAGAACCGCGACGCUCCAUGAGCGCUAGAUAGCCCCUGCUGUGGAUACUGUCGGUUUAGCUGGUUAUCAUGGCGACAGACGUGGGCUCGCCGCAGCGUUUCUUCCACAUGCCGCGUUUCCAGCACCAGGCACCGCGGCAGGUGUUCUACAAGAGGCCGGACUUCGCGCAGCAGCAAGCCAUGCAGCAGCUCACAUUCGAUGGCAAGCGUAUGAGGAAGGCUGUGAACCGCAAGACCAUCGACUACAACCCAUCCGUCAUCAGAUACUUGGAGAACCGUUUGUGGCAGCGAGACCAUCGAGAUUUCAGGGUGAUCCAACCCGACGCAGGAUUUUACAAUGAUCUCGUUCCUCCCAUCGGCAUGUUGAGCAACCCAAUGAAUGCGGUCACCACCAAGUUCGUCCGAACCUCCACCAACAAAGUCAAGUGUCCCGUGUUCGUCAUCAGGUGGACGCCCGAAGGCCGCCGCUUGGUGACCGGAGCCUCCAGUGGGGAGUUCACUCUGUGGAAUGGACUUACCUUCAACUUCGAGACCAUUUUACAGGCACACGACAGUCCGGUCCGGGCCAUGACGUGGUCUCAUAACGAUAUGUGGAUGCUAACAGCAGACCACGGCGGCUACGUGAAGUACUGGCAGUCCAACAUGAACAACGUGAAGAUGUUCCAGGCUCACAAGGAGGCGAUUAGAGAAGCCAGUUUCUCUCCGACUGAUAAUAAAUUUGCCACCUGCUCGGACGACGGGACGGUGCGGAUCUGGGACUUCCUGCGCUGCCACGAGGAGCGGAUCCUCAGAGGUCACGGUGCUGAUGUAAAGUGUGUCGACUGGCACCCCACUAAAGGCCUGGUGGUGUCGGGCAGCAAAGACAGCCAGCAGCCAAUCAAGUUCUGGGACCCGAAGACGGGACAGAGUCUGGCUACACUCCACGCCCACAAGAACACAGUGAUGGAGGUGAAGUGGAACUUGAACGGUAACUGGCUGCUGACGGCGUCACGUGACCACCUGUGCAAACUGUUUGACAUCAGAAACCUGAAGGAGGAGCUGCAGGUGUUCAGGGGACACAAGAAGGAGGCCACAGCGGUGGCGUGGCAUCCUGUCCACGAAGGCCUGUUUGCCAGCGGAGGCUCCGAUGGAUCGCUGCUCUUCUGGCACACCGGGGUGGAGAAGGAGGUCGGAGGGAUGGAGAUGGCUCACGAGGGAAUGAUCUGGAGUCUGGCCUGGCACCCGCUGGGGCACAUCCUGUGCUCCGGCUCCAACGACCACACCAGUAAGUUCUGGACGAGGAACCGACCUGGCGAUAAGAUGAGAGACCGUUACAACCUGAACCUGCUGCCCGGGAUGUCGGAGGACGGCGUGGAGUACGACGACGUGGAGCCGAACAGCAUCGCCGCCAUCCCCGGAAUGGGCAUCCCUGAGCAGCUAAAGGCGGCCAUGGAGCAAGAGCAAAGCAGUAAAGAGGCAGAUCCUGAGGUUGAAAUGUCCAUCCCCGGGCUGGACUGGGGCAUGGACGAGGUCAUGGGAAAAGACGCCAAGAAGGUCCCUCAGAAGAAAGUCCCGUACGCCAAACCGAUCCCAGCACAGUUCCAACAGGCCUGGGCGGAGAAUAAAGUACCCAUGAUGCCUCCUUCUGCAGAUUUGUCCAAAGACCGGAAGGUGGAGCAAAAAGUGGAGAUGAAGAAGAAAACUCAGGCAGAAAUUGAGCAGGAGAUGGCGGCUCUGCAGUACACCAACCCCAUGCUGCUGGAGCAAAUGAAGAUGGACCGAAUGAACCAGAUGAACACUGAUGGGAACAUGGGCCCCCCACAGGGACAGGGCUCUUUGCCCCCCUUCCCGGGCCCUGGAGGUCCUGGAGGUGCCAUGCCUCCUGGCCAGCAGGGUUGUCCUCAGAACAUGCCCCCUCAACAGAUGUCCAACAACAUGGGCCCCCCCAUGGGCCCUGGAGGCAUGCAGCCUCCAUUCAUGGGCCCUGGACAGAUGGGUCCACCGUCUGGACCCCAGUCUCACCAGGGCCCACCUCAGGGCAUGAUGGGCCCACCGGACAUGCAGGGGCCCCAAGGUAUGCAGAGACAUCCCGGCCCUCCGAGGAAUAUGGGUCCCCAGGGGCCCCAUGGUAUGGGACCCAGGGGGAUGCAGGGGCCCCCUGGUGGAAUGAUGGGUCCCCCUCCUCGAGGAAUGGGUCCAAGGGAUCCUCAAGGGCCCCCAGCUCAGGGGGGAAUGAUGCCACCUCAAGGGAACAUGAUGGGUCCCCAGGGUUCUAUGCAGGGUGGGAUGAUGGGGCCCCCACCAAGGACACAUGGCAACAUGCCAAACAACUAUGGUAUGGGCAACAUGCAGGGGCCCCCAGGAGGGAUGCAUGGACCUCCAGGAAAUAUGCAGGGGGCCCCAGGUAACAUGCAGGGGCCCCAUGGAAACAUGCAGGGGCCCCCAGGUAACAUGCAAGGUCCCCAUGGAAACAUGCAGGGGCCUCCAGGCAACAUGCAGGGGCCCCAUGGAAACAUGCAGGGACCUCCAGGCAACAUGCAAGGGCCCCCGUACAUGCAGCAUCAGGGUCAGAACUCUGGGCCCAUGAUGCACGGGAUGGGGCAGCAGGGGCCCAACAGCAAAGACCCUCGGGGCCCACCACCAAAUCACCACAUGGGCCCUCCAGACCGGCAGGGUCCUGGGGGACCAGACCAGGGCUCAGGGCCUUACUGGGGGGACAACCAGCAGGGCCGACAUGGGUCACAGGACUUUGAUGGAGGCCAGGACUUCCACAGCAGAGAGGAAGGUUGGAGGCCAGGACCAGGAUAUCAGGGAGGAGGAGGAGGUGGCCACAGGGGGGGAGGACACCGAGGAGGAGGGAAUGGAGGGAACUGGGGACCUGACGACCGGUUCGGUGGGGAAGGGUUUAGAGGACGGAGAGAUGACAGGUUCAGAGGAGGCGGUUCUGGCCGGCCCAGCGUUCGAGGUUAUCCCGAUGAGUACAGCGGCCAGGAGGAAGGUUUCGAUGGCCCAGAGGAGAUGGGCCGAGGCUGGGACACCGGAGGCCAUGGAAGGCCACCUCGAGGAGGAGGACCACCCAGAGGAGGAGGUCACGAUGGUUAUCGGGACGGGCAACAGAUGCAUGAUGGGUCGUCACCAGCUGGCCGAGAGCGCCCAUCAUCCAUGCAAGGGAUGGACAUGGCGUCACUGCCCCCCCGCAAGCGUCCCUGGCAAGAUGGCCCAGGAACUGGAGACCCCCGAGAGCAUGACUCGGCGGGACCCGAAGGAGGUCGCCCCCCUCAGAGGGAUGACGGCGGUUAUGGCCCGUCUGGUCGAGGUGGACGAGGUGGUUGGGGUCCCGGAGGAGGACCGGGAUUGGGCCCCAGGAGAGGAGGACCACCAACCAGAGGAGCACCGCGGGGGGGCAGCCGGGGCCGGUAGUCACGAAGAAAGGAGAGAAAUGAAAAAAACAAAACGAGUCCCAUUAUCCUCCUCUCCACUGGUCGUCUCCCCGCCGGUUCCUGCACAGACCUGAGAGCAGAACUUUCUGACGGACUCGUGGUCAUGUGACAGGCUGAGGCCUGUGCUGGGUUGUGAUUGGUGCUGCAGAGACUGAACCUGCAUCUCUUUUAUUCACCUCAUCUGCAGCCGUUUGUCCUUUUUGUAACAGAUUUCUAUGUUUCUGUGUUUUCACUGAGGUGGACAAUAAAGAUUCACACUUCAAACUGU